AUGCGCGUCCUGUACCUGUCGUUCGUUAUAGCUGCACUGGCACAAAGCGACGAUGGCUCUACACCCACAUCAGCAACCGGCCACGCGGGAAAGCCUAUUCUGACGACCGACAUUUUCCACAGAACUGCAGAGCUGUUCUACGAUCUCUACGACUCCUUCCACGGGAAGUUCUUGAAGCCGCACAUCGACCAGCAUGCAGAGACGGUCACAAACAGCGUGGCUUCGUUGCUGCCCAAAGAUGUGGACGUGGUGCACGAAACCUGCCAAGUCCUGAAGUGUGAUGCCCAGCAAGUGCGCUCAAUUGGCAGCACCGGUCAGGACUAUGUAAAAGAAGGUGCGGGAACAGUGCUCUCUGUGCUAGCCCAACUUGAAGAGCUCCUGAAUCGAUAUACCCACUUUAUCAUCGAUUCUUUCGAAACUGCCCUUCCGAAAUACACUGGCCUUAUCUCCAGAACACCCAUGAACUUGCUCUUGUUCGUGCUCUACAUCUUCUCGGUCCUGUACUUCAUUUUCAAGAUCUGUAUGGUUAGCUUGUGGAUGGCUUCUGGGAUCCUUUGCUGCCUGUGCUGUUGCGGAUGCCGCUGCUUGCGGAAGAAGGCUCAGGUGGAAACGAAGGCCAAAAAUGGCAAGACGGGGAAGGAGUCAAAGGCCGCUGAGAAGGGCAAAGCCGCCACGGCCACCAACAAGGCACAGGCCAAGCCGAAGAAAUGA